CUCUGAGGCAGAUGACACUGCAUAUAAACUGCAAUGCUUCUAACUGUGCUUUAUACAAUAUGAGAAUACUGGGUGAAGAGAUGGGGAUGAUUACAGAAGCAUUUCUAGGCCCAUGUUGUUUCUCAUACAUUUGUGUGAUGCUGCUGUUUUGCUCUACUUCCUGUCUCAUAUCGGAAUCUUCCUCCUUUUAUCCAUCAUGCCAGCUGAGGAGGCACUUUAUACUUAAUGGGAUGCACAAACCUGGCGAUGUGAUCCUAGGUGGCUUGUUCGAGAUCCACUACACCUCCGUUUUCCCAGAGCUGACAUUUACCUCUGAGCCAAAUCAGCUCAGGUGUCAAGGUUUUGAUCCUACAGGGUUCCGACAUGCCAUGACCAUGGCCUUUGCUAUUGAAGAGAUCAAUAAGAACUCCAACUUGUUGCCUAAUGUGACUGUGGGAUACAGUCUGUAUGACAAUUGUGCCACACUUGUUACUGGAUUUAGUGCAGCACUGUCAUUGGCCACUGGUCAAGAGGAGCAGUUUGUGAGUCACAGGGCAUGUUUGGGGACUCCUCCAGUCCUGGGCAUUGUGGGUGAUUCAUUCUCAACUUUCUCCAUUGCGACAUCUGAUGUGUUGGGGCUAUUCAGACUGCCUUUGGUGAGUUAUUUUGCCACAUGUUCCUGUCUGAGUGAUCGCAGAAGGUUUCCGUCUUUUUUUAGAACAAUCCCAAAUGAUGCUUUUCAGGUGCGUGUUGUAGUUCAGGUUCUGAAACACUUUGGCUGGACUUGGGCAGGUCUGCUGGUCAGUGGUGAUGACUAUGGACUCCAUGUUAGCCGGUCCUUGCAAUCAAACCUGGGUCAGUCUGGUGCAGUUUGCCUGGCCUAUACAGAGAUAUUGCCAUGGGGUGACAACCCAGCUGAACUGCAGAGAAUUGUGGAAUUGAUGAAAACAUCCACAGCUCAGGUGGUCAUUGUGUUUGCACAUCAGAUCCACAUGAUUCAGCUAAUGGAAGAGGUGGUGAGGCAGAAUGUGACAGGCUUGCAGUGGAUUGCCAGUGAAGCUUGGACCUCUGCUGCUGUUCUUCAGACCUCCCACUUCAUGCCGCACCUGGGUGGCACACUGGGAAUCGCCAUCCGCCGUGGAGAAAUACCUGGGCUGAGAAACUUUCUCGUGCAAGUGCGCCCUGUUGACCAUCAAAACAACACCUAUGGAAAUAGCUUGGUGAGACAAUUUUGGGAACACACAUUUGGUUGUAGAUUUGCACCCCCUGGUUUGGUGGAUGCUGAUGGAGCACUGUGCACUGGACAGGAAGAUCUAGAGGAGGUAGAGGCUGACUUCCUGGAUGUCUCCAACCUCAGGCCUGAGUACAACAUUUACAAGGCCGUGUAUGCUCUGGCGCAUGCUCUUGACGAGCUGCUGCGCUGUGUUCCAGGCAGGGGACCUUUCACUGGGCACAGCUGUGGCAGUUUGCAAAGUCUAGAAGCAUGGCAGAUUAUAUAUUACUUGGAGAAGGUGAAAUUUACCACAUCAUUUGGUGAUCAGGUGUCAUUUGAUGAAAACGGUGAUGCUUUACCAAUCUAUGACGUCAUGAACUGGGUGUGGCUCCCAGAGGGAAAAAUCAAAAUUCAGAGUGUGGGGGUAGUCAGGAUGUCACAUUUCAAAGAUGAAGAACUCACAAUUUAUGAAGACAAAAUCUUCUGGAACUUUCCAUCCAAAAAGCCACCCCAGUCAGUCUGCAGUGACAGCUGUCCCCCAGGUACUCGUAUGGUCAGGAAAAAGGGGCAGCCUGUGUGUUGCUAUGAUUGUGUCCCUUGUUCAGAAGGAAAGUACAGCAAUGGAACAGACUCCACAGAGUGCAUCAGUUGUCAAGAAGAUUUCUGGUCCAGUCCCCAACGUGACCACUGUGUUCCUAAAGAAAUUGAGUUCCUGUCAUACCAUGAGCCUUUGGGCAUUUGUCUGACAGCCAGCUCAUUGCUAGGCACGUUUAUCUGUGCAAUUGUCCUGGGAAUCUUCAGUUAUCAUCGAAACACUCCCAUUGUACGUGCCAACAACUCAGAACUGAGUUUCCUGAUCUUGGUGUCACUCAAAUUGUGUUUCCUGUGCUCACUGCUGUUUAUUGGGCGACCCAGACAGUGGACAUGUCAGCUUAGACAUGCAGCAUUUGGGAUCAGCUUCGUGCUUUGUGUCUCAUGCAUCCUGGUUAAAACCAUGGUGGUUCUGGCUGUGUUUAAGGCCUCUAAGCCUGGAGGUGGAGCCAGUCUAAAGUGGUUUGGUGCUGUUCAGCAGAGAGGGACAGUUCUGGGUCUUACAUCGAUCCAAGCAGCAAUUUGCACUGUUUGGCUUAUUUUUUCCUCACCAGCUCCUCAUAAAAACAUUCAAUAUCACAACAACAAAAUCAUUUAUGAGUGUGUAUCUGGGUCCACUCUUGGUUUUUCUGUAUUACUUGGUUACGUUGGUUUACUGGCCGUCCUCAGCUUCUUAUUAGCAUUUCUGGCGAGGAAUCUUCCAGAUAACUUCAAUGAGGCCAAACUCAUCACGUUCAGCAUGUUGAUCUUCUGUGCUGUGUGGGUGGCCUUUGUUCCUGCUUAUGUUAACUCUCCUGGUAAAUAUGCUGAUGCUGUGGAGGUGUUUGCCAUCCUGGCUUCAAGCUUUGGUCUGCUGGUGGCGCUGUUUGGACCUAAAUGUUACAUCAUACUGCUCAGACCAGAGAGAAACACAAAGAGAGCAAUGACUGGUCGAAGCAUUGAUAAGAAGUGAAGAUCAGCUCAAAUAGUAAAAUAAAUUACUGCUGUAAGUCUGUAUUUUCCAUUUUCACUAGUUAAUGAAAUAAAUAACAUAUAAUAUUUAAACUGAAAAUA